GAAUAAUACGCGAGUUGAAAGGUCGCCACGUAACUGUUAGUACGCCUGCGCGACCUCCGGGAAGGCAAAAAGGAAAACAAAACAAAAAUAAAGUGAGCCCACGUGACCUCGCCUGGCCAGUGGAGAGCAGCGCAGAGCAUGGCCCAAUGAGCAUCCAGGGCGCGCAGAGCUCCGCCAAUGGUGCCUGCGUCGCUUGAAACUGGCGCCUCGCGUUGCUUCGCGCCUCGUCCUCAGAGCCCCGUCACGUUCGAGUUCGGAACCUGCCGAGCAGCUACGGGCGACCCGGCUGGCUUCGCGAUCAGCUGCCCCGGGCUUUGUAGUGUCGCGAGUGACGCGCAGCCUGGACGCCUGGCUUUGGUGGGGAUGACCAGCUGACGCUUUCCAAGGACUCGCAUCCCGAAAACAGAGGGACCAUCCGAGAGUCAUGAUCUCCGGAAUCAUCUCGAGGCUCAUUGUCAUGGUGUGCGGCAUGCUGUAUCCGGCGUACGCCUCCUACAAGGCAGUCAAGAACAAGGACGUUCGGGAAUAUAUGAAAUGGAUGAUGUACUGGGUAGUUUUCGCACUCUUUACCUGUGUGGAAACCUUUGCAGACAUCCUCAUCUCUUGGCUUCCGUUCUACUACGAGAUCAAGAUACUCUUUGUCCUGUGGCUAUUGUCUCCAGCAACAAUGGGCUCGAGCAUCCUUUACAGACGCUUCGUGCACCCACAGCUCAUGCUACGGGAACCAGAGAUCGACGAAAUGAUUGCCAGGGCCAGGGACCAAGGCUACACUGCGGUCCUGCAGCUUGGAAGCAGAGGCCUCAGCUAUGCCGCUAACGUUGUGGUGCAAACCGCAAUCAAGGGGCACCAGGUAGUCACAAACCACGUCCUGAGAGAGCUUGCUGUGCAGCAAAUGGCUGGACAGAUCACACAGGCAGAAGGAUACGGAGGAGGCUCGAUGGAGAGGAUGAGCCUAAGCCUGAGCGGCGACCAAGCCGAUUCACUUCUCAGCCCGUUGAGAAUGAGCCCUGGAGCUGGGAGACCCUUGGGCAUUGCCAACGCUGAGCCACGUCUUGAGGUGGCAGAAAAUUGGACCAACAUGCAGACCGAGGAGGGUGAAUCGGGCUCUUCCCCCACCGUCGGAGGGACAGUGGACCACCAGCGUGGAGGGGCACAUGUGCAGACAGUAAAGAAUGAGGCAACAUCUCCUUUAGUAAGCGGUGGAUCAGGUGCCCCUGUGUCAAGGCGUCCUCGCAGGAAUGCAACCCACACCACCCGAACUGGUUCAUUACGCCGAUCUGCACGGAUCACAGCUAAAACUUCUGCAAGCAAGCAGCUGGAAACCUGAACCAACUGUGGAAGCUUUGCAUGUGAUUGUUCAACGGAGAUCAACUGGAAAAGGAUUUCAUACAAAUCCUUAAAAAAAAAAGAAAAAAAAAAGGCUUCCUAAGCUUGAUUUUAGAUUGUGAGUCAUGAGUUAGGUGGUUAAAUUAUGAGCUGAGGACACUAAGCCAGCGAGCAGUCAGUUUACAGUUGGCUCAGGAGGAUUACUACCCAUGCCACCUUUCGAGGAAUGCAAAUAGGAGAUUCCUCAGUGUAUGGUUGAAAAUUUCAGUAUCUGGUUCUGGAAUUCUUAUUUUAUGCUGCAGUUUACGGGGGGUUUGUAGCAGCUGGCAGCUUUCCCGCUCUCCAUUGACUUCGGAGACGACAGCUCCCACAAGGAAGCCAGAUAACUCGAAUUGUGGGGACUUGCACGAAGGGUUGUCAACCUUACGUAGUGGACUUGUUACUAACUACUAAUGAGCUGCACCCAUUGUGCAGGUUGUGCGCAUUCCCGACUUUACACAUCCUCAUUGAUUGUGCUAUUCACAUCUGUGUGUGCCUUCUUUACAAGUGUGAAUGAAAUCUGAGAGGUUUUUUUGUCGUAUUCACCUAACUCGUACUAGAGGUGCUUAUUGACAGGCAUCCAGAGCAAUUAUGAACGUUUGAGUGCACUUGUCACAUAUUUUGUUCUUUUGAGUGCCAUAAGAAUGAGCUGUAGAGCAGUUCUCAGUCUUAACUGUAGUGAAGAUUGAAAGCAACUGUCCAAUGUGCCUUAGGAGGAAAGGAAACGGUAGGCUCUACUAGUUUUCAGUGCGUUGUUUGUUUUCAUGCCUACGAAAAUUGGUAAUAUCAACCUCUAGUCAGUGCAAGGUUCUCAUGCGGUAUUACUAGGUGAACACCAAACGUGCAGUAUUCCAAGGAAAAGUGACUGAAUGCGGUGCAGCUGUUAAUCAGCCAACCAAAAAGAAACAUUUUUUUUUUACUCCUAUUUUUUCGACAAGGGACAUUUCCUGACCAAUCUGCUUAAUUUUUUUACCUUUCCGUUCUCUUUGUUACACCGUGCAGAUUUUUCAAGCGCUGUCCACUAUUUGCCUGUUUGUUUUAUAAAUAAAACAUGUUUGAAGUUCU